AUGGAUGAGUACUUAGGCCAUUACAUCUCUGCUGCAGGUGCAACCACUGACUCCAAGAAAAUAGAAGCUAUACAGGCUUGGUCUGAUCCUGCUAACCUCAAACAACUAAGGGGAUUCUUAGGUCUAGCAGGAUAUUAUAAGAGUGGUCCUGAAGCUUUUAACAAAUUGAAGAAUGCCUUGACUUCUGCACCAGUUCUAGUCCUGCCAGACUUUUCUAUGCCCUUUUGUGGUAGAAACCGAUGCAUGCAACAUGGGAAUAUGGGCUGUUUUGAUGCAAAAGAGGCAACCAAGCGCUUACUUAAGUAA